AUGGCUGCCAACAUAACAAUCCCGCAAAAAGGGAGAGCAGGAGAGGGAAAAAGAAAGAGAGGCAGGUCGCACCAAGCGGACCUGACAGUGUCAUCUAGACCUUUUUCUGGUGAUCAGGACUCAGGGUUAGUGUCAGAGCAGCUCAGGCCUCCGACAGUGAUAGGCCAGUUCCACACCUUGUUCUUCGGCUCAGUGCGGAUGUUCUUCCUGGGUGUUCUUGGCUUCGCCGUCUAUGGGAACGAGGCACUGCACUUCAGCUGUGACCCUGAUCGCCGAGAGCUCAAUCUGUACUGCUACAACCAGUUCAGACCCAUAACACCUCAGGUUUUCUGGGCAUUACAGCUGGUAACGGUGCUAGUUCCCGGGGCCGUGUUCCACCUCUAUGCAGCCUGUAAGAACACUGACCAGGAGGAGAUCCUCGAACGACCCACCUACACAGUCUUCUACAUCAUUUCUGUUCUCCUGCGCAUCAUUCUGGAAGUCAUCGCCUUCUGGCUACAGAGCCACCUCUUUGGCUUCCAGGUCCACCCGCUGUUCAUCUGUGAUGCCAGUGCGUUGGAAAAGGCCUUUAAUGUAACCAAGUGCAUGGUGCCUGAACAUUUUGAGAAAACUAUCUUCCUCAGUGCCAUGUACAUCUUCACUGUGAUCACCGUCGUUCUCUGUGUUGCUGAGAUAUUUGAGAUCCUCUGCCGACGGCUUGGUUAUCUCAACAACCAAUGAGACGCACACAAGAAAUGACCAAAGGUGAAAAUAUAUGACACUGUUUCUGUCAGGUUUAUCAGGCUCUGUGUUAGCUGCUGCAGGACCUUCUGACAUAAGGGCGGAACCUCACCUGUGGUCCAUCGGGAGUGAGUUGCACAGAGAAUGCGUGACAGUGUCAGAGCUGGUAAGUCUGACAUAUCCACUGGGUGUUUUUUACAGUCUGGGCUGGAUGUGUCCAACGGUCUUGUGUGGACUUGAUGGCCAGAGAAUAGACACUUCCAAACCACUGCAGAGCUGGUCACGGACCAUCACUUCUUAAAGACUGUGAUUCAGUAACCUUGCCCAUAAGCAAGCGAAUUGCUGGUGCCACUGCUCCUGACACUUCCAUGUGUGACAGUUAUUGCUUCUGCUAUGUGUGCAUUAUUGCUCCCAACCCGUUCUGACCUUUACUUCCAUCAACAUGAGCGCCACAGCUUUGCUGUGGGCCUUUGAUUGGAUUGUCUGCCUUUUCAAAUAUGAACUGUUUCAGCUGAAAACAACCUUCAACGUGAUUUGUAUGAAGAAAGGUUUGAACAGGCUUUCAGUCUCAUGUGCCAGGAAGGCUUUAAGAGGUAUCCUGAUAGAUGUCUUCAUUAAAGAAGGGUGAAAUGUAA